AUGACAGACCCUGGGUGCGAGUCCGAGACGUCUGAGACCUUGUUGGCCCGGAAAGCCACAGAAGAUCAGAUCGUUGAGGAUGAGUUCAAUAUCAACUCGACUGUGGGCCUUGUUUCGGCCCUUAUGUUGUCUGUCCUGUCCACAAGCCUCUCGGACUCGUAUGAUUUGAAGAACUAUGGGGACCCUUGCGAGCAAGGAUGGUACCACGAAGGGUCCGAUUGUUAUCCCAAGUUCGAGUUGUACCAGCUCCUCAUCUCCUUCAGCCUUACAUGCAAUGUCUUGGCGAUCAUGACUUCCGUGGCCCGCCUAAUCGCUUUCCACCGUAUCAAGUCGUAUGCUGACGAGUUCCAGGCCGCGGUGUCCUUUACGAACUGGAUCCCGGUGACUGCCAUGGGUGGUGGGGUCCUGGCGUACAUUGCGGCCAUGGUCCUCCAAGGCUGGUACCUGAUGGAGACCAGGACUUUCCAAAUCGGUCUCAGCUUCGUGGUCGGUGCAUUCUUCUUGUGGAUGUUACAUGAAGGCAGUUUGAUCUAUGGAAAGCUCAGAGUCAAGCACCCCGGAGUAGAACGCCUGCACUUUCACUUGGAGAAGCAGGAUCUCCACCACUGCUAUUUGAUGUCAGACGAUGAGGCCCAGCCCCGGGACGAGGCGCGCGGCCUAAAGUCCGAGGGUUGA